GUUUUUCAGCAGUUUCAGUGCUUUCUGUUAACUGCCCCAACACUUUUCUAGGGGCCACAAGUAGAUCAGAGACUAUACUUAGCUUGUAAAAAAACAGACUUGAUUUUAGGAGAGGUUCUUUCAAUGGAUGUUUGCAGUGCAAUCCCUGCCUCUCAGUGCCAUAAAAGCAGUAUUUGAACACUCAGUGCUAAGACCAUUUCUCUUCUCCCUAUGUGCUAUGACUCUUGUUUCAUUUCUAAGGCCCUCACCAAACCAUCCGUCUUCUUUUCACGUCUCAGAACUUUUCCAGGCUCCUAUUUUCAUUCUGAUGCCUUUAUUACUUCUCUUGUUUCAUAGCUUCCAGCUCCUCUUGAGAUCUGAUUACAUCUUUUGCAAAUUUGUGGUGCAUACAUGAUACUUCCAGGAAUUUUCCAGGAAUUUUUGGAUAUGUAUCAAAUAACAAAGAGUCUCAAGUAUCUCAAGAUUUCAAGCAUGUGUGUAUUUUGCAUCUGUCUUUCAAGCUAUGUCAUGUGGCAUCCAUUACUUAGCAUCUGUGUUCAUGGCUGUUACUCCUAACUUUGUAUGUGGGAUCCCUGGAAAUGUGAGUAGCAUUCUGUUCUACAACUCCUCUAAAGCAAGUCUGGAGGACAUCUGGACAAUGUGGACAUCAACAGAAAAUUACAUCGUAGCCCAGCUGGAAAAUGGAGAAAUCUGGGAACUUAAUCAAUGCAGCAAGUCCAAACGAGAAGUCAGUUUUGAUCUAGCAUAUGAAUAUAAAGGCAACAAAUCCAUAUUUUCAUGUUCUGAUGGAUUUCUCUAUGAUGUUACAAAAUGGAAGAGCACUGUUGUUACGCAGUGGGAUCUGGUCUGUGACCGAGAAUGGCUGGCAAAAUUAAUCCAGCCUACAUUCAUGCUUGGAGUCUUGGUUGGAGCGGUGAUUUUUGGUGACAUUGCUGACAGACUGGGAAGACAGCGCGUUAUGUGGUUCACAAGUGCUGGUCAGUUUGUAUUUGGCAUCACAGUGGCAUUCACGUUUGACUACUACAGCUUCGUGAUUGUCCGCUUUCUCCUUGCUAUGGUUUCAAGUGGCUAUCUGGUUGUGGCUUUUGUUUAUGUGACUGAAUUUGUUGGCAUUAAAGCACGAACCUGGGCUUCUAUGCAUGUCCAUGCUUUUUUUGCUUUGGGAAUUAUGGUUGUGGCACUCGUGGGAUUUUUGGUUCGGACCUGGUGGGUGUAUCAGAUAUUUCUCUCCAUAGCAACUCUUCCCUUUGUCUUGUGCUGCUGGAUGCUCCCAGAAACACCUUUAUGGCUCCUGUCACAGAAAAGAUACGAAGACGCACAAAAAGUAAUCAAUAUAAUGGCAAGGUGGAACAAAGUAAGCACUCCCUGCAAAGUGUCUGAACUGUGCUCAGUCCAACAAGAUGACCCAGGCACUGACAGAACAAGUGGUAAUGCCACAUCCUCAACCAAGAAGCACAACAUCUUAGAUCUGUUUUGUAACUGGUACAUUGCGAGAAGGACCAUCACGAUCUGGCUGGUCUGGUUCACUGGAAGCCUGGGGUACUACGUCUUCUCCUUGAGUUCUGUCAAUCUAGGAGGCAAUGAAUAUUUAAAUCUGUUUCUCAUAGGUGCUGUGGAGUUACCUUGCUAUAUCAUUGCUUGCAUUGGGAUGGACAAACUGGGAAGGAGAAACACACUCAUUCCGUUCCUUAUUUUAAGUGCACUGAUCUGUGUUUUAAUUAUGUUCAUACCUCAGGACUUUAAUGUGUUAAUUAUCUUGGCAAAUAUGGCUGGAAAAUUUUCAAUAGGUGUGGCAUUUGGCCUUAUAUACCUCUACACAGCAGAACUGUACCCAACAAUUGUAAGAUCUCUUGCUGUUGGAAGUGGGAGCAUGAUGUGCCGUGUCGGCAGUGUGGUUGCUCCUUUCUGUGUGUAUCUGAGAAGCGUUUGGAUUUUCUUGCCACUUUUGCUUGUUGGAAUCAUGGCUCUUCUGAGUGGAAUAUUAACAUUAAUGCUUCCAGAGACACUUGGAAAACCUUUGACUAACACUUUGGAGGAAGCUACAGAAAUGGGAAGAAAGAAGGAAAACUACUCAGGAAAGACUCCUCCAGCAGACAGUGGUGCAGCAUUAGAAAAGAUAGAGAUGUUUGGUCAAGAAACAGUCAGCACUGAGAAAUAAAGCAAGAGCAAAAUGGCCGCUCCCAGUUUUAACGAUUAUAUAAUUUAUAGGUCAUUUUAUUCAAGAAAAGACUGUUCUAUAAUAUCUGUGCCUUUUAAUUUGUAACACAUCUUGCCUUUUUGACAGAGCAAGUGUAUGAAACCUUUUCAACUUGACUGGGGUACUGCAGAAAAUCUGAUGAGAUUUCUAGAUCCUCUCUCAAACUUAUUUUGCCUUUAGAGAACCUGUCUGACUUGCUGUGAUUACUUUAAAUUCUGUAACCUACCUGAUUACAUAUGUGUAAAAAAAAGUGCCACUUCUUACUUCAGAUUUUCUGUUGUUAGACUUGUAAGCCCACCACAGUGUGCCUCUUCCUUUUGCAGUCGUCGGUUACAGACUCGAGAAUUCAAUACGCAGUGAAGUCAAACUCACAGUUAUAACUCAAGAGAGAAGCCUUAGCGUUUCAUCAGGCCACACUAAUAAUUUCAAACUUAAACUAUUUUAUUUUUUUUUCCAAAACUGCUUCCAGAAAAGCUGUCAUUUCUAACAAAAGUAUUCUGCCGAAUGGCUUCUGAUUGAAAAAACAAUAUUAAUUUUGCAAACUGUGCGAAUAGUUUGUAUACUGUUCAUUCUGUUGAAUGGUAAAUGUAUUUUUUUAGUAGCUUAGAAAAAAUUGUUCACUGGCUCUGCUGCUGUCUUAGUAAGUUCUUUUUUAGAGAAGAGUGCCUGAUGCCUUUUAAAGUAUUUUGCAUUCCAGACCAUUAUGUCAGUGCGCCCCAUCUCGCUUUGUUCAGCUCACAUUAAGUCUCAGAUUUGCCUAUUGCUUCAGAGCAACACCAGCAGCUUUGCCAAACACUUCCACGGAGGCUCAGCGCUUCUUAGUCCUCAGAGGAACAGAACAAGUGGUACACGGGCCUCAUUCAUGCUCUCUGCAGCGGUGGUCUUAGUUAUUAAAGAAACAUUAGUAGGCAUGGUAUCUACACACCAUUCGUAUCAGCCUCCAUAGACUCAUGUUGGCUCUGUAGCUCCAUUUUUUCCUUACAGUACAAAAAAUCAGUUUCAAAAGUAUGAAUUAAAAAAAUGAUAUCUAGAGGACAGUGAGUGACCAGUUAUUCUGGUAUUUUUAGUCAAAGUAUCUAUCAGUGUCUUUUAGAUCUUGUGUGAGCAUCAACACUCACUUACUGGUGCAGUGACUGUGCCUUAUGACUGUGGACCAUAGAAAACUUGUAGAUAGGAAAACAUAAUUCUAGCUGCUCAUUUGUGGCUUUCUGUCCCAGCUCUCUUUUUUGCAGUCUACCUCCAAUCCCAGAGGUUUCUUCCUUGCCUGUGAGUCUGUAUCCCCUCAGCCACCCUUGUUUGAGCGGGCUGGCGUGGGAAGCUUCUGUACAUCCCUUGCCUGGGUUGUGUGAGCCCUGCCACCCCUGGUGUGAAAUCAGAGUUCUUCUCACCUGAGGCACCUACCCACAGGCUAACUGACACAAUCUCAUCAAAACAAGUCUUUCCAUGUUUACUUCUUUGACACGUACCCCAAAAUCAAGACACCUAAAUUAUUGUAGAUAAAUAUUCUACAUGUUGUAUAGUAUAUUUGUCAUAUUUUUCUAUUAUAUCUGCAUGACCAUAUUAGUUUUAGUGAAUUCUGAAAACAGAGUAAUUAUUUAUAUCCACCUAUAAAAUAUUCUUUCUACUUCACUGUACUGUCCUAGAGUGCCAAGUAGCACUUUGGUUCUGGGCAUAGGAUUCAGUCAUGUCUUAUGUGACAACUAAUGUGCUUUGAAGGCAAGCAAAAAUCAGUAAGUUUAAAUUUAGGGUGUUUGUGUGCAACAGUUAAAGAGGUCUUUGUUCGCCCUUCAGUUAUGUGGGUGUCCCAGUAUUUGCAGGGAAAACUUCUGAAGAGAACUGCAUGGAUUACUAUGGCUUCUAUCAAGAUAUAAUUUGCUCAGCAAAAGUAUGUGCUUUUAACCUUACCCAUGUGAGUAAUCCCAUCAUUAUUCAGAGGAGCACUUGAAGACAUACUUUGAUGACUAAAGAUAGGAUUACUCAUAUGCUGUGGCUUUCUGUUUUGCUCAGGAACAGACCCAGUAUUCUUCCACUGCUUUCAGAUCCCCCUGUCCCAGUUUCCGGAGCAGAACAGCUGCCCUUAUCUGCAGGAUCUGUUGCCAAACCCCGAGUGCCCCACCUUAAACAAGGACUUAACCAUACUAAGGAAGAAAAUGGCAUACAGUAGUUCUAAUGGGCAGUUAAACUGAUCCAGUCUGACUUUACAGCCACUCUUCCUUUCACAGGGCUCUAAAUAAUUGCAUUAUCUGGGGGUUCUUUCACACAAUACUCUCUUUUUCAUAUAUAGUCCUAUCUUAAACACUUCUGCUUUCAUUGCGUGGGACAGUACAGUAUGUUUUAACGAGGUACUAAAGUACAAUUUUGAAUUAAUUUUUCUGCUUUCUUAUCUGCAGAAUAUCUGAUUUGGAUAUUACUCUGCUUUAAAGGGUCAAUGCAUGUUAUGUUUUCCAUUGACUUGAGGGAUUCAGGACCAGGUCCUCCAUAAUUGGUAUAUGUAAGGUAGGGAAAGUAAGAAAAAAAGGAAAGACUUAAAUGCACAAUGAUAGUGAGCAAUCCUUGCAGGCUACAGUUUUAAUCUGUACUCUGGAACACAAUGCAGCCUGAUGGCUUUUAACCCUUAAAGCCAGUUCUUCCUGUCCCUGAUGUCAGUUUGUACUUGGUCUUUAAUUCAAGCGAGACUUGAAUUUCCCUGAACCAAUUAUGCUGUGUUUUUUUUCCCCUGGAAAUAAAAUAUUAAUUGAUCAACAGGUACACCUUUUGGGAUUUUAUGCAUGAGUAGCUCUGAGGAUGCUGUGGGCUUUACUUUUUUACAGCAAUGUGCUGCCUUUUAGCUGAGGUAGCACAUUACUGUAAAAAAAAAAAGGGGGGGGGGGGAAAUAGUAUUUCUGAAUUUCUACCUGUAGAAUUUCUGUUUGUUUGCUUUCCCAUGUGGAGAAAAAUAUGUUUAGCACUCGUUCUACCUUAUAAAUGUAGCACAGAUGGGAUGAGUUGAUUUCUUUCUCUUCAGUAUUCACAGAUUAUCUAAAUCCUCUUGAAAGAGAGGACUGAGUUUGAGAACAAGAGCUUCUAAGUUGCUUCGGGGCAUGUUUUCCUCUCAUUGCUAAUAAAAACAAUUCCUUUUCAUAGUUUU